AUGCCGCAAAAGGAUGUCUUUGCAUGGACAUCCAUGCUCUUGGCAUAUGCCCGAAAUGGGCAUCUUGUCAAUGCCCAAAAAACAUUUGAUGAGAUGCCGCAACACAGCCUUCUCUCAUGGAGUGCAAUCCUGUCAGUCCACGCACACAGCUGGGAUCUAAAAUAUGCCGAAAGGAUUAUCUCCGGGAUGCCCGAGUAUGAUCUCGUGUCUAGGAAUUCCAUUCUUGCGGCAUACGCCCGGAACGGGCAUGUAGAGGGAGCGAAACGUGUUUUCGAUUCUAUGGAGGCUCGUGACCUUGUGUCAUGGACGACAAUCUUGGUUGCCUUGUCGCAGGGCGGAGAUUUGCACGGAGCAAAGCUUUUGUUUGAUGCAAUGCCGCAGCACGAUCUCGUCGCCUGGACCACGAUGCUUGGCGCGUACGGACUGAACGAGGAUGUCGAUUCGGCACAAAGGAUUUUCCGCGAGAUGCCUGAGAUAGAUCUCGUUUCGUGCAAAACCGUGAUGCGAUGCUGCCGUGAUGCUAGACAAUCAAAGCUUAUAUUUGACUCCAUGGCGCAGAGAGCUCUCUUGUCGUGGACAACAAUGCUCGCUGUUCUUGCCAAGAACAGCCCCGGGGAGGAAACCAAGAGCUUUUUCUAUCAAAUGCCGGAGCUUGAUCUUACUUCCU